AUGUUCAAUCAAUUCCUCCGUCAAUGGGGGAUCCUCCCGUCCACAAACUUCAACAUCCACACCUGCCCCUCCCUCAGCGGCAAAACCGCCGUCAUCACCGGCGGUAGCGACGGCAUCGGCGCCGACAUCGUCAAGCACCUUCUCCUCAACGACAUUGCGCAACCCGCCGCCCCGGACCGCACUGACCGCGUGCGCUUCAUCGCCUGCGACACCGCCGACCUCGCCGCAAUCGACCGCAUUGGAAAGGAGAUCCUCUCAACACUCACCCGCCUCGACUUCCUCUUCCUCAACGCGGCGAGGUCGUUUGACCCGGACUACCGCCUCUCGUACGGCGUCGAGAUCACGUUCGCCACAAACCACAUGGGCCAUUUCCACCUCACGCAGUUGCUCACGCCGCUUCUGGUCGCCUCCGCACCCUCGCGUGUGGUUGUGACGUCAUCCUCACUCCACAUGGUCGUCGCCAGCAAGUUCGGCUUCGACGAGCUUGUGUCGCCGACGCCGCCCACGUCGCGGGGCCCCGCGUGGGACAGCUGGUACCGCUAUGGGCGCAGCAAGCUCGCGAAUAUAUUGUUCACGCGGGCGCUGGCGCAGCAUCUGCCGGAGGGGGUGGUGCCGAACUCGUUUUUCCCGGGAAGUGUGCCGACGGAGGCGAGCGCAGGGUGGAAGUAUCUGAUCGGGGAGUUUGGCGGCAGUAUGGUGACGGUGCUGCUGAAGCUGAUGGGGCAGACGCUGGAGCAGGGGGCGGCAACGGCGAUGUAUUUGGCCGUAGGGGAUGCGGAGGAAGUCGGGAGGGGGAAUUAUUUUGUGCCCGUGGCGGUGAAGGAGGAGACUAGUUUGUUGGCGGCAGAUAAGGAAUGGGCGGAGGAGCUGUGGAUGUGGAGUGCGGAGACGGUGGAGAGGGCCUUGAGCAGCGAGGACAAGGGUGAGGGUAAGGAUUUGGACGGGGGUGCUAGUGUGAAUAUUCCAAGCGAGCUGGGUAAGGAUAUGAACGGGAGCGCGAGUGUGAACGUUCCAAAUGAGCUGUUGGCACAUCCUGUGUGUCUUCCCCCUGCGUAG